UCGAUGAUUCUUGCGAUCCCAGCUUCAAGGUCACUUUCUGAAUUGGACAUUAUAUGGUUUCCAAGUAGUUGGAUUAUUACAUUGGGAAUUACAUUAUUCAUUAUAAUAUUCGGCGGAUUAAAACGAUUCGAUAUACAAAGAUCUUUCAAUGUAUUCUUUACUGUUAUAUUCACUCUACAAUCAGUAGUUUAUAUCGUUCACAUUGUAUUAAAUCAUUUUGGUUGCUAUGAUGUAAGUGAGUUUUUGCUCAUUGGAUAAUUGUAUAUUUUGAGCAAUAUUAGUUGGUAAACAACUUAAUUCAACCAAAUCAAAACAUCAUAUCAACACAUAAAGUUAUUGACUAUUGUCCUGUAUCACUAGUUAGA